GGUGUCGCUGCCGUGCACAGGGAGGGUGAGCGCCGAAGUGACGGUCAACCUCCACCUGAACAUAACCACGCACAGCCGGAACCACAACCUCACCAACAUCACCAUCAAGAGGAAGAAGAUCUGUCUCAAAGAAGAGUUCGCCCCCCGCAACGAGAGCAUCUACCUGCGGCCGGAGUGGAUGUCGACCUCCCUGGGGACUCUCUACGUGGCCAUGGGGUGCGCGUGCACCUUCACCGUGCUGGUCAUCACCGUGGCGUCCGUGCUCUACCUCAGGGUCAAGAGGGCCAGGGACCAGUCCCUGACGUGUCGAUACUACAGCGGCCCCGGAUACGUAGGCGACACCAGUACCUCUCAGGGCGGCGGAGGGGGAAGAGGUGCCGGCUCCUCCCUCAGAAGUAACUCCUAUGCCACUAUCGCUUCCUUCAAGAAAGUCCACAUCCUUUCCCAUGAGGUGUGUACAGAGAGUGGCAUGGGGGAGUCACUCCACUACGCCUCCUCCCCGCUCUCUCAGGUCUACUCCCAGCCCUACUCCCCCGCCCACUCCCUCCCCGCCUCCAGGCAUUCCCACGCCUCGUGCUGCGCCUCAUCACUCCACUCCCAGGCUUCUUGGCGCGACCCCCGGCACACGGACCCCAGCGAGAGGGUGAGGCAGCUGGCGAUCGACCGAUGGAAGGUGGAGGUCGGGGAGGUGGUGCAGGAGGGUACCUUCGGGCGCGUGUACCGGGGCGUGUACCGGGACCCGUACGCCCGCGCCGCCCUCACUGUCAUCAUCAAGACCGUCUCAGGAGAGGCGUCCUCAGCCCAGGCCCGGUUACUCGUUCGGGAAGGUCUCCUCCUGGCGGGUCUUCACCACCAGCACCUCCUGCCUGUGUUGGGGGUCUGCCUCUCGGACCCCCGGCACCCGCUGCUUCUCUACCCUCAUCUGGGCCUCUCCAACCUCAAGACGUACCUGUUGGGCUGCGGCCGCGGGACGAGCGAGGGCGUGAAGCUGCUCACAAGGGACCUGGUUCACAUUGCCAUCCAGGUGUGUCUUGGCCUCAUCCACCUCCACCAGCAGCGUCUCCUCCACAAGGAUGUCGCCACGAGAAACUGCCUCAUAGACUCUGAGCUGCAGGUUCGAGUGUCCGACACCGCCCUUGCUCGCGACUUGUUCCCACAGGAUUACCACUGCCUGGGUGACAACGAAAACCGCCCUGUUAAGUGGCUUAGCCUUGAGGCCCUUAUCCAUAAACAGUUUACUCCUGCCAAUGAUGUGUGGAUGUUUGGUGUACUACUGUGGGAGUUGACGACUUUGGCUCAACAACCAUAUAUUGAAGUUGACCCGUUUGAAAUGGCAGCGUACCUGAGGGACGGCUACCGCUUGGCCCAGCCUCAAAAUUGUCCUGAUGAGUUGUUUGGCAUGAUGGCUUGUUGCUGGGCCCCCGCGCCUGAAGACCGGACCAGCUUCCCCCACCUCCUGUCCUGUCUCCAAGACUUCUAUUCAGCUCUUGGCAAAUACAUAUGAGUGUAUUUGUGUCUGUUACUUAGCUCACCAGUGAUACUAACUAGAAACUUCUUGGUAACGUGGAGAAUUAUUUAGUGACAUUUGAUGUGAAAAAAAUAAUAAUAAAAUGGGUUUUAGCCUCAGAACAGUUUGUUAGUAACAGCUGUUGAACAUUAGGGCUUGAAGUAUGCACUGAAAUAAUCAUUUUUAGUCGAUUUGUAUUGUUGAAGAAAGGAUAUCCAGAUUUUCAGUGAAAUGUUGCAGGGCUGGUUAUCCUUUGCUGUAAUGUCAAGUCUGUCAACAGAAUCAAGGAGAUAAUAAGAUGUAUGUUACAAUUUGAAAUAUGCCUUCAAGCUAUGCCAGAUAAGUAUGUAAAUGCAGAUUCCCCUGGUAUGUAAAAUGUCGUCUUUGUGAUAUCAGUCAUACAUUUUUUUCUAUUUCGCGAGUA